AUGUCCGAAAGCAUGGGGCCUUGUGAAGCUUUUCCACCAUUCGAUUCCGAAGUUGCUGUGGAGUCGUCCGACAGCUCCGUUGAGGGUCAGCCUAUCCAACGGCGCCAUCGUCGCAAUCGAGCGUCAGUCACUCAGGACGACCUCGAGCAGUUUCGUGCGGGAUACUUGGGCGUUAGCCGCGAAACUCUGCGCGACAUCCAGGCUCAACGAGAAGCACAGGAGCAGCUUCCAGUCUUGGAUGCAGCAUUGGCCAAUCUGACGAUGUCGACUCCAAACAACGGGAGCACACCCGCUACAGGCACCGACUCUAGUCCCGGCUUCGCCAACCUUUUCGAUAAUAGCACCCCGAGCAUGUCUAACAUUCCGCGGCCGAACCACAUCCCCCUUCCACCUAGCCCGGCGGGCAGUCAGAACGGCGCCACCGGGGGAAUGGCAGGAAUGGCGACAGGAAUGCCAAUGAAUGCAGGUCAAGAAAUGGAUCUCAACUAUGUUUACCAAAUGAUCACGGAGUUGAGCGAAGUUCUCGCGCACAAUCGUGACACCACAAAAAAUAUCAUCCGGGCCAGUGAGGAACUUGCUAGGCGUGCUGCUGCUGAAGGAACCGCUCCCAAUCUGCAGCAGGUUAACGGAGAGAUUGCUUCCGCUCGCAUCGCUGAUCUCGAGAAUGAAGUUGCCAAGCAGAAACGUGUCAUCGAUAUACUUAAAUACGAACAGAUGGAAAAUAUGAAGUUGAUUGGUGAAUACGAAACCGCUGUUGGGACCAUGACCGAACAGAUUCGCAACUAUUGCUGCAACGUCAAUGAUCACUUCCUCGCUCAGAAGCGCCGCUACAAUGACCUCCUUCAAGAGGAAAAGGACGCCCAUCUCCAGAGCCGUUUGGAGCGCGACUACUGGCAUUCUCAGACUUUGCGAUGUGCUGAGAUGAUCCGCACUGCUUAUCGCCUUCGCUGCGAGGAGGAAGUGCUCCCCAUUCGAAUCGUUGCGGGACUUCAGAACGAAGUGCGCGCCCUUCGUAACGCGCUGGGUCUGGACCCUGAAAAUCCUGAAGAAGAAUAUGGCUGGGAAAUUCUCAAGGAUGCUCCACCUGGCGUCGAUUAGAUGACACAACAUCUUUGUCUCAUCCCAUAAUCUCUCCAGGCUGGGCAAACUAGAUUUCUGGGUUUAAGGCGGCGUUUUAGGGCACCUUCUCUUUUUAUGCUACAAUGAACUGAUACCCCUUGAGCAUGGCAGGAUGGCGGGCGAUUUAUGGAUCAGGCGCCAGGAGGCAAUUUGCUAGGUUCAAGAAUCUGAUUGUAUGUUCUCUUUUAGUCGUGUGUCAUCCUAACACUUGUUGCUGGGGAAUAUACAACGGUCUGGAUGCAUUAUUUACACUGGAUGGCUUUUCUAAGCUAAUAGUUUUCCCUUUCCUUUUCCUUUACCUUUUUUUUUUUUUUUCCUUUUAAUUGCAGCUAGCUGAUUAUGAAUGAAAUCAGUCACCCUCCUGGAAAUCUUGCAGCCAGCCCAAUUGAUACCAGCUCUGAGAUAAGUUUUGAACAAUGCAUAUUAGCAACCCCUAUGGGACUCACUCUUUUCAAUCCUUAUAU